AUGUCUGCUAACGACCUCCGGGGGUGGGUGAUGAGCGCCGUCUCAGGCGUCGCCUGCGUCCUUGGCUCGUCCAUCAUCUGCGUCGAUGUGCUGGUGCGGGUACUUUCCCACCGCAAGAGCUUCCAGAUAGCCAACAGUAGUAAUUUCCUGUCAGCAUCAUUAUGUCUCAGUGCUGGAGUCAUGCUUUUUACCUCUCUCUAUAGCAUGCUCCCCACCUCGAAGCAGUACCUCACCCGCGCCGGCUUCUCCCCCGCUGUAUCUGCAUAUAUUUUGAUCGGUCUUUUCAUUGCCGGAGUCGCAGGCAUUCAAAUAGUAUCCGCAUUUGCACACCGAUAUAUCCCAUCUCAUGUUGUCGACUGUGCCCAUACCCAUGACGAGUCGGAAGGUGAUCCCGAGCGCGGCGAGCCCGCACACGAGGACCAUAUCCACAGCCAUACAAAUGGACAUACUGAACGAACACCGCUCUUACAACCCAAUAAGCCAACUUCAUUCAAGUCAAUGCCAGCGGUGGUACAACGGAGCCAACAUACCGAGCCGGCACCCAGACGCCGCGAGACGAUGCGGGCAAUGCUAACGCGUCGCAUUACGUCGCUCAUGGGUGGCGUCAAAUCGGCCUGCGACGAGGAUGGACCUUGCUUCGGGGUUUCUCAGACCUGCGGCCUUGAAUGCACCAAAUUGCUUCCGCCAUCCAGCAGCAAUGAGACCGCGCGAGCAAACUUGCUGCAUCGUGAAAGUAUAUCGGUGCCGCUGGAAUCGGAAAUUUCCCCUGCGGAAACUGACACUGGAAGUGAACAUACUGCACCGCAAGGGGGGUAUUUUGACAACAUUUCUACACAGCAUGACAUGCACCCACGUGUUGCUUCAUCCGCUCCGUCUCAGAUCCUAGACCCACAUUCAAACCAUCUGUCUCAUUCUGAGCAUCAUCACCAUGACGAAUCUCAUGACCACGAUGACAUUCAUUCUGAGCGUCCCAAAUCUGCCGGUGGCAACCCCCACCACCAUCACGUCCCUCAAAAUGCAUUCCUAUCCAUUGGACUCCAGACCUCGCUCGCCAUUGCUCUGCAUAAGCUUCCCGAGGGGUUCAUCACUUACGCAACGAACCACGCCAGCCCAACCCUCGGUAUGACCGUAUUCCUAGCCCUAUUUAUCCACAACAUCGUGGAAGGAUUCGCCAUGGCACUUCCGCUCUACCUAGCCCUCGGUUCCCGCUGGAAGGCAAUGUUCUGGUCCAGCCUCCUGGGAGGUAUCAGUCAACCAGCUGGUGCUGGCCUAGCCGCAUUUUGGAUUUGGAGCACCGGACAACACGGUAGCGACGAUGCCACAGGUCCCUCGUGGGGUAUAUAUGGAGGUAUGUUCGCCGCCACCGCCGGAGUCAUGACUUCAGUUGCAUUGCAACUUUUCAGCGAGGGACUUGGUCUCACCCAUCGCCGCGGAAUGGGAAUCGGGUUCGCUGUUGCAGGCAUGGGGUUGAUGGGCCUCAGCUUUGCAUUGACCGCUUGA